AUGCUGUCGUUUUUGAAUCGCGGCGCCUUGUCGCUGGCGGCUGUGUCGCUUCUUACUUCAUGUGCUUCAGCUGAAGUCUUCGAACGCCUUGCUGCUGUCCCUGAAGGAUGGCAUUACUCUCGCACCCCUCGUGCUAGCCAGCCCAUUAAGCUUCAGGUAGCAAUGGUACAGGGUGAUGUCCCUGGAUUCGAGCAGGCCUUGAUGGACAUGUCGACUCCUGGUCACGAGAAGUAUGGCCAGCAUUUCCGGACUCACGAUGAGAUGAAACGUAUGCUGCAGCCGAGUGCUGCUUCGGUGGAUGCUAUCCAGCAAUGGUUGGAGGAUGCUGGUAUCACCAACAUUGAGCAGGAUGCCGACUGGAUGAAAUUCUCCACCGACGUGGAAACAGCCAAUAAGCUGCUAGAUGCCAACUUCCAGUACUAUGUCGGCGAUGAGCAGCAUGUAGAGCGGCUUCGCACCCUGGAGUACUCAAUCCCUGAUUCGCUGGUCGAUCAUAUUCACAUGGUCUCCCCAACUGUUCGGUUUGGCCAAGUUCAUGCCAAUCGUGCUACAAUGCACGGGAAGAAGAAGCUUGUGGAUGAAUCAUUCCGGAAAGCAAGCCACUACACCAGUUCGGACUGCAACACCGCCAUCACGCCUCAGUGCCUGAAGGACCUAUACUCAAUCGGCGAUUAUAAAGCUCAGUCCGACAACGGCAACAAGGUCGCCUUCGCCAGCUACUUGGAACAGUACGCCCGGUACUCUGACCUUGCCCUUUUCGAGAAGAACAUCGCACCCUACGCCACGGGCCAAAACUUCACCGUGAUCCAAUACAACGGUGGCGGAAACGACCAACACUCAACGAAAGACAGCAGUGAAGCCAACCUAGACCUGCAGUACAUCGUCGGCAUCAGCUCCCCAGUCCCAGUCACAGAAUACAGCACAGGCGGCCGCGGCCCUCUAGUCCCAGACUUGGAUCAGCCAGAUCCAAGCAACGACGAGAAUGAGCCAUACCUGGAGAUGCUUCAGAACGUAGUCAAGCUGGACGACGCAGACCUCCCACAGGUGAUCUCAAACUCCUACGGUGAAGACGAGCAAAGCGUGACAGUAAAAUAUGCCCAGAGUGUCUGCAACCUCUACGCACAACUCGGCAGCCGCGGUGUCUCUAUCAUUUUCUCAUCUGGUGACUCGGGCGUUGGCGCAGCUUGUGAAACCAAUGACGGCAAAAAUGCUACGCACUUCCCGCCUCAGUUCCCAGCCGCCUGCCCGUGGGUUACAUCCGUCGGCGCAACAACGCACAUCGCGCCGGAGAAGGCGGUAUACUUCUCCUCGGGCGGUUUCUCGGAUCUUUGGGACCGUCCUUCGUACCAGGAUGAUGCUGUAAAUGAUUACCUUGGCACACUGGGUGAUAAAUGGUCCGGUCUAUUCAACCCCAAGGGCCGUGCAUUCCCCGAUGUUGCUGCCCAAGGUCAGAACUACGCUAUUUACGAGAAGGGACACCUUAGUGCCGUGGAUGGUACUUCCUGCGCUGCACCUGCAUUCGCGGGUGUUAUCGCUCUGAUUAACGAUGCGCUUAUCCAGGCUGGUAAACCUACCAUGGGAUUCUUGAACCCCUGGCUGUACUCUACUGGCCGCGAAGCCUUGAACGAUAUUACGACUGGUGGCAGUACUGGCUGUGACGGUCAUUCGCGAUUUGGUGGUGCCGCGAACGGUGGUCCUGUUGUCCCAUAUGCUAGCUGGAAUGCUACCGAGGGCUGGGAUCCUGUUACUGGUCUUGGUACACCUAACUUCACGAAGAUGUUGGCUGCUGCUGGUGCCAACUAG